AUGGCAACCGCUAACGACAUUCAAGAAGAGGAACGACCUACGACCGCCCUCAAGAAGCAAGUUAAACUCUCGCUGCUAUCGUGGAACGCCUCACCAGGAAAAAUAGCGAUUUGGAAGAGCAGCUACGCUAGAAAAACACAGCACCGGACAACCAAGGAGCAGAUCAAGAAGAAACCAGUGCUGACAGAAGGAAUCAAGAGGGACCCCAGGCCAGUAAUGCCUCAAGCAGACCAGAGCGUCAGAACCAAUCUUGACGACCUCGUUAACCGAAUUGACUCAUCGUUCACCGCGCCCGUCAACUCUUUCUCCUUGCCAAGUAAGUUCCGCAUGCCACAGAUAGAUAGUUAUGAUGGAGUCAGGGACCCUCUAGACCACCUAGAGACCUUUAAAACCUUGAUGCACCUUCAAGGAGUGGUAGACGCAAUCAUGUGUAGGGCCUUCCCUACGACGCUGAAGGGGGCGGCAAGAAUUUGGUUCAGCCGGCUGACACCUAACUUCAUCAGCACCUUCAAGGAGCUAAGCGCUCAAUUUACUGCACACUUCAUUGAAGGACAUCGGUACAAAAAGUCUACGACUUGCUUGAUGAGUAUCAAGCAACAAGAGGAGGAAACGUUGAGGGCUUACAUAUCCCGCUUCAAUAAGGAGGCGCUCUCGAUCGAUGAAGCUGACGAUAAGAUACUUGUCGCAGCAUUCACUAAUGGGCUGAAGAAGGAUAAGUUUUUGUUCUCCCUGUACAAAAACGACCCGAAGACCAUGUCGGAAGUGCUUUACAAGGCCACCAAGUAUAUGAACGCCGAAGACGCGCUGUUGGCUCGAGAAGAGAGGCCCAAGAAAAGAGAAAGGUAG